UUGACCAAAGAGUAUGAUGCUGUCUUUGCUGGUAUUGGGACAUUAAAGCCAAAGACUUUAGGGAUCCCGGGUGAGGAUUUGAAAGGUGUUGAGCAUGUUAUUCCCUUCUUAGAGUCGAUCAAUUGUCAUGUCAGAAAGACUAUUGGAAAGAGAGUCGCUGUAGUAGGUGCUGGGUUCUCCGCUAUGGAUGCCGUGAGAGUCUCAAGAAGACUUGGCAGUGAAGCCUUUAUCGUCUACAGAAGAACUGUUUUGGAGAUGCCCGCAUCUUCCGAUGAAAUCGAAGAAGCAGAGGCUGAAGGUGUCAAGAUGAUGACCUUAUGUGCACCUGUUCGAGUUGUUGGUGAUGAGCAUGGCCAUGUCAGAGCUCUUGAAUGUCAACGAAUGGAACUCGGCGAGAAAGAUGACAGUGGACGUGCUGCUCCACACCCCGUCCCGGGCAGUGAAUUCCUCAUCGAGUGUGAUAUGGUCGUUCAAGCUAUUUCCCAAGCCGUCGAUACAGAAGCUUCUGAAGGUGUUGAAUUGGAUCCAAAAUGGAAGACCUUUAAAGUCAAUGACAAGUUCGAAACAAGUGUGAAAGGCCUUUUCGCUUGUGGUGAUUGUGUAACUGGACCAAUGAGUAUUGUUAAUGCCGUUGGUGAUGCUCACAGAGCUUCUGAUGCCAUCGAUGCCUUCUUACAAUCUGAGAAGAAAGAGACUCCAUCUCAAUAA